AUGGAUAUCCUCCCCCGGCGCCUCAUCUUCAUAGCCUCAAUAGGCAAUCCAAAGCCCUACUACAAUACCCGCCACAGCGCCGGGCACCUCCUCCUCGACGCCCUAAAACCCCUCCUCGAAGUCACCCUCCCAAACACAGGCCUCUACCACGAAACAUGGCAAAGCCCAACACAAAUGAACAUAACGGGCCCGAAACUCGUGCGCCGACUAGAACAAUGGGCAAGCGAGCGCGCCAGCCGACUUGAACGAAUCGCCAGCGUCGCCGCAACGCGUGCCUCCUCGUCUUCGUCUUCACCAACCCCAACCAACCUCCCCGCACAAACCACCUACCCAACAACCCUCAUCAUCCUCCACGACGAGCUCUCCAUCGCCAUGGGCAAGGUCCGCAUCAUACGCGGCGGGCCUGAGGAGUUUAGUCUGCGCGGCCAUCGCGGGCUCAUCAGUAUCUGUGAGACGCUGCGCAAGAAGGGGUUGUAUCCCCGCUCGUCGCGCGCGAAUAAGACGGACACCGGGCCGUUGGCGGAUCUAUCCAUCUUGCGCGUUGGCAUUGGUAUUGGUCGUCCGUCGUCACAUGAUACGGGUGCUCUUUCGGACUAUGUGCUUGCGACUGUUACCGAUAAGGAGCUUAAGGCUUAUCAGGCUGCGGCGAUGCCGGUGGUGGGGACUAUUCGGGAUGAGCUUUUCAGACCUGCAGGGAAGGUCUGA